AUGUGUUUGCCUCUUGCUGGCAAACACAAAAAAGAGGCAAGCUGCUCUGCUCCAGGGCCAGCAGCGAGCAGGCUGCACGGGCCAGGCACCGUGGAGAGUGCUUCCCUGAGCGCUUGGCCGGUCUGCCCGUUGGUGACAGGGUGGAGCACGGUGACCGUGGAACCGAGUGGAACGUUGUGGGACGCGGUGUCCAAGCAACCGUUGGUGGCACGAGGUGACAUAGGUGCUGGCGGCGAGGCGGCCACGCCAGAGUGCUCGGUGCUUGCGACGGGACAGGACGCAGAGAGCGGAGCACUCCGCUUCCGCAGAGCUGUGCAGGUGCUGCGGAGGUUCCUGCGCACUCGCCGUAGGAAGACCACGGCCACAGCACCCGAGGAAACAGCCCAGCCCGACUGCAGGCCCAGCGAGCUGCAGGCAGAGCCUGGUGCCAGCACAGAGUCCUCUGCACGCGCAGCAGACUCUGCCAUGGCAACGGCUGAGGGCAGCGCCAAGGCUGCCACGGCCCGGGCUGAGAGCGUGGCCAGCACAGACACCCUCGCAGGGAGCAUGUCAGAUACUGACUCCAUGGCCAGCCAGACUGACAUUCCUGCUCCCACUCUGGACUUUCCCCAGGAGGAGGGUGCUUUUUCUCCUCAGCAGGUGCCAGCCAUCGUGGCAGACAUUCACCAGAGACUCAUGUACUGUGUCACUGUGGACGCCGGGCUGCAAAAUGUCCUUGUGACACUGGCUGAAGAACACCCCGUUCACGUGGUGAUGAGUCUCCUGUGCCGUGCCCCAUCGUGUGACCGAGCUGCCGUCCUGAUGUGGAGAACCAUCGGCUCGUCGGGACAGGUAGUGCAGGAGGUGCUUGCAGCACUGCUCUCUGUGAUGGAGUCCAGCAUGUUCUCCAGAGAGGACAACGAGGCCGUCUUUGCCCUGGCUGCAACUGUGGUACUGUGGGGAGACGCGCCAUGGCUUGAGCCCCUUGUGUUCCUGCAUCGCCACGCACCUGCGCAGCCUGCCCAUCUGGGGGCCGCCUCGCUGGGGUCUGGCGGCGCUGGCAUUCUUUGUGGAGGUGAGCCUGAGGGCCGGCAGCCGUGGCCCUGCCCAGCGCCGCNUGGCCAGGUGAGACCCCCUUCUCCCUGCUGCCAGCAUUGGUGCCCUGAGCCUGGAGUGCCCCACAUAGUCCCCGUGGUUGUGGCCAGAGGGCAUUGGCACCGAGGGACGGCCGAGCAGGCUGGAAGAGGCUGGGAGAGGGGGGGGCCCAGGAGCAGCCGCCUCCCCUCGGGCCCACGUCCCUUCGCAGGGCGCUGGGCAAAGAUCACACGCCUCUGUGAGUCAGUCCUGGCAGAGGUUUGCUCGCCCGGCUCAGAACCUUGGUGCCUUUGUCCCCCUUCCAGGGAGACGCGCCAUGGCUUGAGCCCCUUGUGUUCCUGCAUCGCCACGCACCUGCGCAGCCUGCCCAUCUGGGGGCCGCCUCGCUGGGGUCUGGCGGCGCUGGCAUUCUUUGUGGAGCAGCUGCAGGACAAGAACCCAGCGGCGGAAGAACCAGUGUCCUUUGGCGACCGCCGCAUGCAAUUGAAGAUAGGACCAGCUGUAGAGCACACAGGACCAGCUGGAGAUCCAGGCACAGCUCUUGUUUGUCACAGCUGAGCCUGUGGCAAGCUCCAGGAGCUCCUGCCAUCUCCCUCCCUGUUGGCAGCUUCUUCCCUCCCUCCCUCCCUCCCUCCCUU